AGUCAAACGAUUGAAGAGGUUGUGGUAGGAUAUUAUCUCGAAUCGUACUUUAUUUUCUGUAUUGCUAUAAAACAGAUAAAAUGAUACCAACUGCUUGAUAUUAUGUAAAGUAACCAAUCAUAUAGUGAACUCUAAAAUGCCAUGAUCUUAAUAAGUUAUAGAUUAAUUUUAAAAGACUUGUAACGUGAAAUACUUACUCAAUGCGAUGGAUAGAAAUAAACGUUUAUGAAUUUAUAUAUAUGAAUAGAUCUUUACAGGAUAAAUUAUCAAACCCACGGAACAUGUUCCGACAUAGAUUCAUCCUUUAGUAUGCCAACAAACGACUAUGUUAGUGUCAAAAAGAGCUUCACCGAAUAAGUAAUUUCACUAUUGUGAGGUAUCUACUUUAAAUACGUGAAUACUAAGUAUAUGGAAGGAGGCUUUUGCUUAGAACAAAAUUCAUUGCUGAUACCUAUUGGAUAAUACUACUGAAAUAUAACUGAGAGUUGGGUAUAAGUUUGACGAUGACUAGUAUUUCUGUGUCCAAUACUUUAUAUUCUUGUACCAGUUCUAUGACUAAAGAGAAGUGAUAAUUGUAUUUGCAAAUGUCUUGAUUUAAACGAAUUUUUGUUAUAUUACUUGAGGAAUUAUGUAAGCUGCUUCCGAACGCUGCGGACUAAGGAUUUUUGAAAUGUACGGACAGAUACACGUGUGUGUUCGUGAAUUAGUGGAGGAGAAAUUUGGUGCAGAAGCUUGGAAAACCGUGCUGGAGAAGUCUGGUUUAGACGAGCAUGAUCAUUUUCUUGUCUUCCAUAGAUACGAAGAUCCUGUAACAUUUAAACUCAUAGGAGCAGUUUGUGAAACGUUAGGUGUUGAACUACCAGCAGUCCUAGAAAUUUUUGGGGACUAUUUUCUUCAGUAUUGUCUCCGUCAUGGAUACGAUAAGAUGUUGAAGACUCUUGGUGGAAAUUUUAAAUCGUUUAUACAGAACUUAGACUCAUUACAUGCCCUGCUAGCGCUUACCUACAAAAAUAUCGUUGCACCUUCUUUCAGAUGUGAAACAAACGAAGACGGAAGUUUGUCAUUACAUUAUUAUACAAUAAGACCUGGGCUCUAUCCAAUUGUUUUAGGGCUUGUUCGGGCAGUUGCUAGAGACCUGUACAAUCAGGAAGCUGAAAUCAGCGUCGUUGAAAAAUCUCAGGAAGUAAUUUCCGGUGGAAAAACACAGGAACACGUUACAUUUCGUGUAGUUCUUACGAGACAAGACGAUACUAAAUCUCUAACAGAAUUCAAACCAUCAUUUCCAUCUGAGUUCUCUAUAAGUGCUGAACAAUUUUGUAAUGCUUUUCCAUAUCAUAUAAUCUUUGAUCACAACUUGUCAAUCAAGCAAUGUGGAAUGAUGAUACAGAGAUUAUUACGUAUACAAAUUAAUGACCAAGAUAUGUGUGAUAUAUUUGAGCUAACUCAUCCUAGGAUGAAAAUGUCUGUGAUAAAUAUAAGAAUGUUCAUCAAUGCAGUAUUUAUGCUCAAGGUCAAAGUGCCUAGCAAAAAGGUACUUAAGAAUGGGGAUGCACAACAUUCGUUGAUAUUAAAAGGUCAGAUGAUGUGGCUUGAUGACAUUAAACAUAUGAUAUUCAUUAGUUCUCCACGGUUAUCAAGUCUGACAGAGCUGAUGGAGAUGAAUGUUUACCUAGCUGAUAUUCCACUUUAUGAUGUCACAAGAGAAUUGGUGUUACUUAACCAACAGAGAAUUGCAGAAAUUGACAUUGCUAAACGUCUAGAUGAAACUACGAUAGAAUUGAGAAAGACAUCAAAAGCUCUAGAAGAGGAAAAGAAGAAGACAGAUUCUUUAUUAUAUCAAAUGUUACCAGAAAAAGUUGCAAUCGAGUUAAAGAAUGGAAGACCUGUGGCUGCAGAGAAGUUCGAGCAAGUGACAGUUCUAUUUAGUGAUAUAGUUACGUUCACAAAUAUAGCCUCUGCAUGUCCGGCUAUAUCAAUAGUUCAAAUGCUCAAUGAUCUGUACAAUCGAUUUGACGCAAAAUCUACUGAACAUGGGGUAUAUAAGGUAGAAACUAUUGGCGACGCAUAUAUGAUUGUAAGCGGGGUACCAAUCAAAACAACUACGCAUGCGCAACCAGUUGCAAACUUUGCAAUGGAUAUGGUGGCCGAAGCGGCACUGGUCAAAUCUCCUGCAACUGGAAAACCACUACAGAUUCGAGUGGGUAUCCACACAGGGCCAGUAGUUGCAGGCGUAGUUGGGCAAAAGAUGCCGCGUUAUUGUUUAUUCGGAGACACCGUUAAUACGGCUUCACGUAUGGAGAGUCACGGUGCUCCUGGGCGUAUACAUGUCAGUCCAACGACGUUUAAGAACAUACAAGACUCUAAGGAGUAUCUAUUUCGUUGCCGUGGCGAAAUAGACGUUAAAGGCAAAGGGAAGAUGACAACGUUUUUCCUGAUCGGUACCAAAUUGAAAAGGAUAAAGGAACCAGACGAUGACUUUAGCUCGCUUCCAAUUUGGGGCGACACCGAUCCUCUUCCUAGCAUAACAUUACCUCGAGGAUCACGACAAAUGUUAGGCGGGAAAAGCAGUACCUGUGUAUUAUUAUAAAAUAAUAUAACAUGAAAAAAUUUUGAGAAAUAAUUCAGAACUAUAAAUUCAGAUGCAACGUAUACUGAGAGUACAAUCUUUAAUUUUCCUACAAGCCAAAUUAUAAUGUAACAUCAUCACUCGGAAUUGAAAGUGCCACAUAUAACAAGUUACAUAUUUGAAUAGUUGAUAUAUAUUAAUUUGUUACAUUACAUUCAAUUACAGCUUUACUAUAUUUCAAUUUGAUUAUGUUUUCUCCAGAUAUAAUGCAGUUAAGAAUAAUUAUAAUACAAAUAAAUGAUGAAUUUUAAUCAGAUAACACACAACAGAUUUAUAUAAUUAUCAUAGAUAUAUAUUUUGUAUUAUUUUCAAAUAUAAACCAAUGAAUUAAGCUUUUUGUGAGUACAAAAUCUUUUAUAGCAGGAGUUUUAUGAAUAUUCAAAAUUGUUUCAAUGAUAUUAAAAUGAGUUUCUCAGGCUAAAUACUCGAUCUGUGGCAAAUUUUAUUUCUGAAAUAUUUACCAAACUUGUUAUUGCAAAUAUAUUCGAUUUAGAAGACAAAUACCACAAAACCACAUAACAUGCCACAACGUUGGUUUGUAUAGCACCUAAGUGUUUGUUAAUAGGCCAUUGUGAUAAUUUGAUAUUAAAAAAGAUAUUUCUUAAGCGAUGGGUAUAAUUAUAUUGUUAUUGCGUAUUGAUUUAAUGUUUCUUCUGUAUUUUUUGUUUAACCUUAUAAACAGAGCUGGACUCUUUCCUCUUAAAUGUGUUAAUAAAUAUAUACAUUUAUAUUUUACCUUUGAUUUCAAUGUAACAAAAGUACAUGUUAAAACACUAUAUUUUUCGAAACGACGUAGCCAUCACGCAAGUUAUUUCCCUAUAAAAGUGUUACUUUGAACGUAGAUCUUUCGGUUAUAACUGUUGAACUAAAAUAGCUAUAACGACAUAACUAGCUGAAGUAUAAAAGAGGACACAAUCUGGAAAUGAAAUACGAACUUUGAGAACUAAUAAAACAACACUUUUAUUGCAG